UGCUACAGACUUUUUUUUUUAAUUCAUUCAGUUGGAUGCUGGUUCGGAUCGACCAAGGAAACGGGUACAACCAAAACAAAAAUGGGAUGGAUUAUGUUCAAAUGGUUGCUCCUGGGGAUAUAUACGAAUUGCUUGGUUCUUGCUGACAGAGAUGUUAAUAUUGUGGGUGGCGAGCGGUGUCUGCUAUUCCAGCAAAUACCCUGUGGAGACGGCUGUGCCCCAGUGUCUUGGCUGUGUGAUGGAGAUAUUGACUGCCCUGGUGGUGUUGACGAACAAUGUGGGCAUGCAAAAUGUGGUAGAGAGAAAAUUCUGUGUUAUGAUGGUAUUAUCUGCAUUGACAAGAGGAAUAUGUGUGAUGGGAAAGCAGACUGCGCUGAUGGUUCUGAUGAAAUUAACUGUCUAAACAAAACUUGUCCUGAAAUGCAAUGGCAAUGCAGGAACCAAAGAUGCAUUUUUAAAAAUGCCAAGUGCAAUGGUGUUGAUGAAUGUGGGGACAACUCUGAUGAGGAAUCCUGUGGUAAGAGGUGUUGGGACAAUAAUGGAGGCUGCAGCAUCGUGUGUGAAGAAACUAUUUGGGGUGCACAUUGUGUUUGCCCAGCAGGCAUGAUUUUACAGGCUGGUGGCAAAAACUGUUCUGAAGGCACUGCCUUUUUGCUGACUGCUGGACAGCAAAGGCUAGGGAUACUGGACUUAAACAGCAGGAAAUUCACCUCCAUGGCAGUUGAUAAAGAAGUUGUGGCUAUUGCUUACAAUCAAGCAAAGGAUGCUUUUUACUGGGUUGACAUGGAAGGGAAUAUAUUUUGGUCGUUAGCUGAAAACUCAAGCAUCCCAAUUUACAAAGAUGCCAGAGGAGUGACCAGUGUGGCUGUUGACUGGUUUACUGGGUUGAUUUUCUGGACCAACCUCAUUGAGAAGAGAAUUUGUGCUGGUAUGUCUAAUGGCAGUGGAUUUGUAUUCAUCCUAAAGAACAUAAAUCCAGAGCAACUAGUCCUUCUGCCGGCAAAAAGUCUCAUGUUCUGGGUAAACCAAAGAGAUGACAUCGACUCCAAGGUUCACAUUGAGACUGCAGGAAUGGAUGGAUCUGGAAGAAAAGUGCUUGUGGUCCUUGAUUCAUUGAAACCAAUUGGUUUGACUCUUGAUUAUCCAACUGAGAGGCUGUACUGGUUCAAUGAAGAUUAUGAAUCUGUUGAAACAGUUAGUGUGGAUGGCAGUGGGAGAUUCUCCAUUUCUAACUUGGACAUCAGAAAACCUCAAGGAUUCUCAGUAUUCGAAAACAGCUUCUACUGGUCUGAAGCAAGUAGAGUUCUUGUAUCCCACCAUCUAAAAAGGCCAAAGGAAGUUUUGCUAGAUCCUGCAGUAGUUUCCAUUUUGACCAUAACCAACCAACAGCAGAGUAGUCACCAAUGUCAGAAAGCAGAGUGCAGUCAUAUAUGCUUACUCUCUCCAUUGAACACUAAAGGCUACAAAUGUGCUUGCCCUGAAGGAACAUACCUAGUAUCUGGAAAAUGUGAAGGAAAUCAUUCUAUCUGCACAAUUGCUAAUGGAGGCUGUUCAGAAAGGGAUACAUGUAUCCAACACACUAAUGGAGUUUACUGCUUUUGUCCAGGUAGUGAGGAUUGUUCUCCGGAUACUUGGGAAGUUCAGCAGGACUAUGAUACAACACUGCAGUGUGAUCGCACCUUCUUUCUUUGUGAUGAUGGAUCUGAAUGUGUCAGUAUGGAUUACAAAUGUGAUGGUGACAGAGAUUGUCCUGAUGGGUCUGAUGAGAUUGGCUGUUCAGAAAUGUGUGGUGAUCCAGAUGCAUUUCAUUGUUCAGAUGGGACCAGAUGUAUUCAGGGGGCAUUGCGCUGUGAUGGCAUUGCUCAAUGUCCAGAUGGAUCUGAUGAAAUGAGUUGCAGCCAAGAAUCUGAUACCUGUGGCUUCUGGUGUGAUGAUCACCAGAGAUGUAUUCCUUCAGACUGGAUAUGUGAUGGCAGUGAAGAUUGUACAGAUAAAACCGAUGAAUUUAACUGUGACUGUAGCAGUGAUGACUUCAUCUGCAAUGAUGGCCAGUGUAUUUCUCUAGCUUUCCGCUGUGAUUCAAAAUAUGACUGCAAGGAUCAUUCGGAUGAACACAACUGUCCCAGAAAGACAAAAGUUGUUUGCAAGCCUGAUGAGGUGAUGUGCCCUGUCAGUAAAGAGUGUAUAAUAAAGGAAUGGUGGUGUGAUGACGAAAUGGACUGUGAAGAUGGGAUGGAUGAACAGCACUGCAAGGUUUCAAAAGUUAAGUGCCAGGAAUAUCAAUGGACAUGUGGUGACCACUCCCAGUGUAUUCCAGACUUUUGGUAUUGUGAUGGGCAGAGAGACUGUAAAGAUGGCAGCGAUGAGAUUAAGUGCAAACCAAGACUCUGCAUGAGCUCUGAAUUCCAAUGUGCUAAUUCAAAGUGCAUCAACAUGACAUUGGUCUGUAAUGGGAAGGAUGACUGUGCAGAUGGUUCAGAUGAAGGAGAUGACUGUGGUGUUCAAGAAUGCAAAAACUGUACACAUGUAUGUUAUAGGACACCAUAUGGACCUAAAUGUGGCUGUGAGACUGGGUUUAAGUUCAUGACUGACUUCCACACAUGUAUUGAUGUGGAUGAGUGCAAAGAACUGCUGACCAGACCAUGCAGCCAAAUAUGUCUGAACAUGAAUGGGACCUACAGCUGCAGUUGUCACUCUGGCUUCCUGCUCCACCAUGAUGGAUAUAGUUGUAAGGUGACAGGUGCUGAGCCAGUUAUUCUUGUGACUAUUCACCAUGAUAUUUUGCUGUAUGGAUUGCACAGUGCUGAAAAAGACAUUCUGCCUGAAGUUUUCAAAACUGUCAUCUUUUCCCUGGACUAUGACUGGAAGGAAAAAGUAAUCUUCUGGGUUGAUGCUUUUUCUGAAAGUAUAAAGUGGAUGAAGCUAGAUCUUAAAGAUGAAGGAACACUAAUCAAAGGAAUAAAAUCUGAUUGUGUGGCUGUUGACUGGGUAGGCAGAAACAUUUAUUGGACAGAUGGAGUUGCUAGCCAUAUUCUAGCAGCCAAAUUAAACAUGACACUGAAUGGAUCCCAGGAAUAUACAGUUGUGGUUGAUACAGAUAUUGACCAACCUCAUUCUUUGGUCCUGCAGCCACUUAAUGGGCUGAUGUACUGGGCUGAGAUUGGAGGUGAGCCCCACAUUGAGAGAGCAGGAAUGGAUGGAACAAACCGAAGACUCCUUAUCAAAAGUGGACUUGGUUGGCCAACUAGUCUGACCAUUGAUCCACUUGGCAGGAAACUACUCUGGGCUGAUAGUAAACUGCAUUGUAUUGGUGUGGCCAAUUUAGAUGGCUCAAAUAUAAAGAUUUUUCAGCUGACCCAUACUCGUAGACCAUUUGCUGUAGCUUUAUUUGAAGAUGAAAUUUUCUGGACCGAUGUGGAACUGAGAACUGUUCAGAAAGUUGACCGUCUGGGAAAGAACAGAAUUGUCCUCUGGAAACGCAAUGUUCAACCUUAUGGAUUAAAGGUGAUGCACGAAGUUCUGCAGCCACAGGUGUAUAAUCCUUGUGAAAAAAUGGGCUGCAAGCACUUGUGUUUAUUGGGCCCAGGAUUGAAGGCAAGCUGUCACUGUGCACUGGGAAUGUUGCUGGCAGAUGAUGGGAUAAGUUGCUUGAAAUCUGAUGAUGAACUUUUCCUUCUCAUUAUUUCUCCCACUGUCCUCCUUCAGGUAUACUUGAGACACCUACAGCCAGAUACAGGAUUAAAGGCUUUGCCAGAGCAUGUAGCAUACCAACUAAUUAACAAUCAAGUAUCCUCAGCCGAUUAUAUCUGGAAAGACAAAUUAGUCUAUUUUUCAGAUUCUGAAGAAGGCAUUGUUGGAAAAGUUUUGCUAGGAUCAAAUUCAUCCUCUAUGCAAAGGAUUUUUCAGGUUAAUGGUAUCAUAUCACUGACUGUGGACUGGUUGAGUGGCAAUCUCUAUUGGAUCACCAGCAAUCCUAGUGUAAUUGAAGUGGCAUCUGGAAAUGGUGCUUACAGACUUGUUCUGAUAGACUAUCUCUACCAUUCAACUUCACUUUCAUUAUAUCCACCUAAUGGUAUCAUGUGCUUCUCUGACUGGGGAUUAGAAGACCAAAAAGUUGGCCCAAGAAUUGAAUGUUCCCAAAUGGAUGGCCAGAAGCGCAAAGUACUUUGGAAAAAGUGUCGCCUCCCCACAGGUCUACUUAUUGCAGAAUCGGGUACUCGGCUUUAUUGGAUUGAUCUGGAUCACAAUGUUAUUGACAGUGUCCUGUUGGAUGGCUCAGAAUUUCGAGAAAUUCAAGCAGGUCUUGAAGCCCAGUCUGUCUUUGCGUAUGGGGAGAACACUCUGUUCUGGACAACUGUAAACAAUGGUUACACAAGGAUGUGGUACAACAUGAUUGGACAGAAGAAGCAACUGUGGUUUGAAGUACAGCAGAAAAUUGUUGGCCUGAAAGUAUACAACAGACUGCAGCAACAAGGGUUCAAUUUCUGUUCGGAGAACAAUGGAGGUUGUGACCACUUGUGUCUAGCGUACCCAGGAGGAAGAUCGUGCAGAUGUUCAACAGGGUAUCUGCUCACCAAUGGCAGCAAGUGUGAAGCCAUAGAGUGCCAACCUGAGACUUGGCAGUGCCAAGAUCAAUUGAGCUGCAUUUUGAAUGAACAAGUGUGUGAUGGCAAAAAGCAUUGUGCAGAUGGAUCUGAUGAAAUGGAGUGUCAUAGAACAUGGGAACAAUCUGCACUGACAACAUAUGUACUUCCUAGAUCUUCAGUUUCUCCCUCUGAUCAAGAACACUCAACUACUUCAAAAUGGUUUCCAGUUACUGACACAUACCUUUCAGAAAAUCAUUCAAUCUCCUCCAGUGAUAGAGAGAGAAUUUCAACUGCACAUAGUCAUGAAGUUUCCCUGCAGUAUGCUACUGCCUCUGCUGCAACAGAAAAUGUCUCCACCAGCCAAAUGGGUAACUUCAGUGCAACAGAAGGUGCUGGACGAUCCAGCUCCUGUACAGCAGAGAUGUGUAACAUGCAUGGGAGGUGCUUUAUAGCCAAUGACAUGGUUAUGUGCAAAUGCCAUGAAGGGUACACUGGAAGGUUCUGUGAAGAUGAAGAGAUGCCAGGACUUAGUGUCAUUGUCAUUUUGGGAAUACUUGUGUUAGUCCUCCUUGUUGCUAUUGGGACAAUCGCCUUCAAAAAGAGAGCUGCAAAAAGGAGAGCUGGAGCCAACUUGCAACAGACUACAACCAGCCAUGGGAAUCAGACCUUCAGGAAUGAGGCUUUUGUAGAAGUACCAGAGAUGCCACAGACAACCAAUUGAAGCCUACAGAAAUAUUUUUGCCCUUGUUUCAAAUUUUAUUUUAGCUUAAAUAAACUGCUGAAACAUA